AUGGUUCACUAUGCCAAAUCCAGGGACUGUCCACCUGAUAUUGAUGAAGCAGUAUCCAGUCUUAUAUUUGCUUCUGCAGGAUGUGGAGAUUUUCCUGAGCUCUAUGUCAUUAGGAAGCUCUUUGGACCGUCUGUAGCUGUGGAGCUAUUUCCUAGUAAUCUUGUAUACAAAAAGUCUCUGACGGAUGAUCAGAAAUACAAAGUGGUUGAUGAAAUUGCUAGCGACAAUUGCCUCCAACAAGAGGUGAAAGAACAUAUAGGGAAUCAAUUAGUGGAAAGUGAUGGCGAAACGAAUCACACAAUUGCAGAAUAUACCUCAACUGAAAAUUCUGCAUUGGUGUAUAGUGUCCAGCAAUAUCCCCCGUGUGGUGAAGAAAUGGAGAAAGAAGACUUUCCUGAUUUGCAAAACAAGGGAGAAACAAUGGCUUUGGGACCUUCAUCAGAAGGAGUUAGUUUGCUUCCAUAUGCUGAAGCAAUGGUAGAGUACUAUGUUGAAGAGAUUGAAGAAUCUGAGAAUUUUGAAUCAAAAGAUGGUCAGGAAGAAUCAGCAAGUGAGAGGUCAAGCAUAAGGGUUGGCUUAAGAAAGAGCAAAGGGGCACCUAAGAAAAGAUUGAAAAGGAGAUCAAGUUUACUUGAAAGACAAGGCACAACAGAAAAUGGAUGUAUAAUAUAUUAUCAACAGCCAUGCAAGAGUCCCUCUACUCAGAACUAUGGUACUACUCAGUACAACAGAAUGAGAAAAAAGCCUUUGAUUGAAGGAAAUCCACAAACAAAAUAUAACUUAGAUAAGGAAAAUUGUAUACAAUCAUGUCAAAGCCAAGGCUACACAAAGAGAAAAGCUUUCAACCUUGACUAA